AUGAACAUCCACAGGAAAGACAAGGCCAAGCUCAAGAAGGUCCCAAAGAUCAAACAAUCAUAUCCUUCAAGGGCUACGGUUAGAGACACCAUCCAAUCACUGGAGGUCAAUUGGAGAUGGAACCCAAGUGGGAAAACUGUUAAAGAUGCCAUUCUUUGGAGACUCAACUUCAAGGAUCGAAAAUCAGGCUCUGCUACUGGUGCAAUCACACAAUCUUCGGGGCCAGAAUUAGACUUGGAGCUUAGCCUAGGGCAAAAAUUUCCAGAGCCAUCCGCUACACUGGCUACCAGAAAGUUCUUCUGA